GCGUACUGAACGGCGCACCACUAACGCAUCCACGCUUCCAUCUAAGCAUCUCUGUGUCUGUCCGAUCAGUCAAUCAGUAGAUAUACUGCGGCACAUUGAAGUGGACCAGCCCCAGGGCGACCGUGACCCGCUCUCCGGCACUCUCCUCAUUGUUCUCAUCCUGGUCGUCGUCAUCGGUCAUCUGGGGCUCCAUCUCGUGGUCACUCAACCGCCGCUUGACGAACAGCAGAUCGCCAGUGAAGGUGCCGUGACCCCCGGCCAUGAACCCGGAACAACUCUGAGCAGCAACAGCAGAGGGAGAGGGCAAGGGUGUGGUGCAGGUUGAAUGAACCACUGGGAUGGGUGGGUGGCGUGUGUACUUUUUUACCUGGUAGACGAAGUACCCCGACUGGAGCGGGGGGUCGCCGCCCUCGACGGAGAGGGGCAGGUCGAUGAAGCCCUCGUCACACAACACCUGCAGGCACAUACCCAUCCAUCCAUCCAUCCAUGGGUCUUUGCAUCCCUCCCGCUGGCCCUGGCAGCUCACUCACUCACUCACUGACCGGGUGCUUGCCGAUGACGCCCCUUCCCCUGCACACAUUCGUCCACGCAUCGCAUUGCGUGGUGGACGAGACGACCCCAGUCAGUCAGGCGUGCGUAAGUGCGUCAGAGUGUGGGUGUAGCGGCGUGCGUACCUGACUUCUCGGACCUGCCCGUUGCCGUCGGUGAGCACCCAGUGGCGACUGAGUGACAGACCACCGACAGCCCAGCCCCUCAUGCAUGACUUCAUUCAUCCACAGAUUGAUUGCGACAUGCCAUGCCACCAUCCAUACCUCUGGAGCUGCACCUCCGUGAAGCCUCUCUGCUGUGCAGGGACGUGCUGUGGGUGUCCGGGAGGCAGCACCCGCAGCCGGAUGGAGUACGCCCAGUACUGCACGUGCUCGGCCAUGUACACCGCACUCGCCAACGCCUCUAUGCCGCUGCAGCCAUCGAUAGAUCCAUUGCAGUCAGCGCACACAUCCCAUCCACACGUCCAGCCAUCCCAUCCUGCCAUCUCUCUUACUUGGUGACGGCCACGGCGAGGUCUGGCCCCUGUUGUGGGAAGAUGUUGAUCCCGCGGGAAGUCUCCUCGCCCGGCACUAACUGGCCGGCACUGGUUGACAGAUUCAAACACACACAACAACACACAAAACACACCACACCACAACACCGUUGCAGCGACAGAGAGUACAACCUAUCCAUUGAUGUAUCGCUGAGGCCUCCGUACACGUAUGUGCCGUCCCGCAGGCGGUUGACGAACUCCUCCAGCCUGUUCGACCCACGAGACGAGACAUACAUAGUGUCAUGCAUGAGGCGUGUGUGGUCGACACGUGUGUGUGUGGAUACAUACCAUCUGAUGAACCCAUGGGGUCCUGGCGGCACUGCGGGGGUCAGCCGGGUCGCCAUGCCGGGCUUCCGAUCCAUCACGUACACCUGGACACGAACGGGAUCCAUGUGCUCGUGUGUGCAGGGGGCGUCGUGUAAUAUAAGUGUGCACCAGUCCGUUGACGGUGUUGAGCACGAACGCCUUGGGAAAGUGACCAAAGGGACACUGGGCAAUAAACAAACUCUGCCAGCACCACACACACACAGAGAGAGAGAGACGGGAUGCUUGACGGGAGAGUCUUGCCCUCUGUGUGUUGUGUACAUUUGCGAAUAUGGUUUGGUGCCUCUCCCGGAGGCCGGCCGUGAGGGUGAGGGCAUCGUCCAGCGACAUCAGCUUGACGCACGCCAGGUGGUUGUACGCCGAGUAGCCGCCAAACAGACCCACGAAGGGCCACGCCGACUGAGCAAUCUCCUCCGGCUUCGUGCGGGGCUGGCCAUCGUGAAAUGACAACGCCUGACGCCACACCACACCCAUGGACAAACAGGCGCACAGGCAGACAUAGAAACAUACAGCGGUUGGCCACACUCCCCUCCCUCCUGAGUGAGUGGCCCACCAUCUUGUAGUCGGUUGGCAGGUCACCGUUGGCCGCCGGCGCCUGUCCGGGAGCCACGGGCAUCCCACGAUAGCGAUCAACUCCUGCACUCAUAUCCACCUUCACACCAUACAUCGCAUACCAUAGCAUAAAACGCGGACACGAUAGAUAUCGAAAUGGGCCUGUUGUGUGUACUGUACUCGUGCGGUGCGCCUGUCCUUACCGAGCUGAUGGGUCCGUUGAGUGAGUUGCGGAUGUGGUGCAGCUCGUGUUGCUGUAGCCAUGCCUUGAGUGACCGCCAUGCGCGGCUCACUCUGUUGUAGAGGGCGGCAUCCACCGCAUAGCCCAGCCGCGACGCCACCAGCUGCCACAGGACGAAGGCGAUCAGCCAGGAACGGCACGCACCGUUGUUGGAACCAGGGGCCUGCCGUGCAGGUGCAGAAAGAAUAACCAACCACCAUGCAGGGAGAGGGAGAGAGGGAGGCGUGUGAGUGGGAGUGGGAGUGUGUGCGUGUGCGUGGUGCGUACCUGUUGACCGUCUUGUCUGCAUGGCGGUGUGCACUGCUGCAGUCCGAACAGCUGGCCGCACUGCAGCCUGAAGAAACCCUCACCGUGCCUGAACGACGAGAGAGGUGAGAGACGAACACAUAAGGCGUUCUUGGCGCCCCGUUCUCCUCUCUGUCCGUUUGUUUUACAUGAGAGUGCUCCAUUCCUUUGCGGCUGCCGAGAAGGCCAAUAGAUCUGCCGGUGCGAGCAGCCUGCAGACACACAGCCAAGUGGAUGACAUUGACUUCAGCAUCCACUCACUCACCGCAGCAGAUGUGUCCAGGCAGGGCCACACGCAGGCAGAUCUGACAAACGACGAGGCAUGCCGCUCACCCCGCUU